AUGGGUAUUCUGAUGAUUCUCUCCUUCAUGCUGGGGAUGCAGUAUGGAAGCUUUGUGGAUAAUCUGAGGCUGUAUGUCAGUCGUGGCAGUGGUGGCAUGGGGCUGCCACGACUGGGUGGACAAGGUGGUAAAGGAGGUGAUGUCUGGGUUGUUGCCAAAGAUGGUAUAUCCUUGAAGAAAAUCAAGGACAAAUAUCCACAGAAGAGUUUUGUAGCUGGUGUUGGAACAAACAGUGGGUAUAUAUCUGUAGCUGAUUUACCAGGUUUGAUUGAAGCCCAAAUAAACAGAGGAAUGGGUCACACAUUUCUCAAACAUGUUGAGCAAACAAAGCAACUGCUCUUUGUGGUUGAUGUCCAGCUUUCUUACAAAACACCAUUUAGAACAGCCUUUGAAGCUAUACAGCUCCUAAUGAAGGAGCUGGAGUUAUACAAAGAAGAACUGAGGUCAAAGUCUGUCCUUGCUGUGAACAAAAUGGAUUUGCCAGUUGCAGAAGACAAGCUAAAGGAACUUGUAGAACAACUACAACAUCCUCAAGAUUAUACACACUUGUUUCCUGAAGGUGCGGAUCCAAGGCGCACAGUGCACUUUAAACAUAUCAUCCCAGUCUCAGCAUCCAGUGGAUAUGGCAUUCAAGAACUAAAGAAGUGCAUCAGAAACUCACUUGAGCAGGCAACUUCACAAAACGAAGAGGACCACAGAGAAAAGCUGCAGGAACUUCACAGCUCAAGUGCUUCCAAAGCUGUGAGGAGAUGAGUGGCACGAAUGAAUGUAGAAAUGUACAAAUCAGAGCCCUUUGAAGAGAUAGGAACUAGAACAACACAGAAUCCAGUAGAAGCAACUCUUUAUGACCUACUAGAUCAGGUGUGAGCGAUGAACAUGAUUGAGAAUUUCUGUAAAUACAUGAAGGCUGACAUUUUUUUGUUCAGAUUAUUUUACUUCACUGCUGGGGAACAAUGGCAAGUUUUAAAGGACAAGAAAAACCAAGCUUAUUUCUGUACAGUACAUUCCAGACACUGUUCACUGUAUACAUUGUCUGGCUGGUUAUUUAUAAGGCAUUUUUAAACACUCAAUUCAAGGAUAAGAAAACAUCGUGUCUUGAAUUAGGACUUCUAGUCGCAAUGUUUUUCAGAUUUAUUUCUAUAUUUCUAACUUUCUUUUAGGCAAACAGCUUAAGAUGGCAAGUUAUGAGAACUACCCACACAAAUUCCAAAUUAGGAAUAUAUCUGCUUUGUGAAUCCCAGACUGAAGUGUGAUUUAUAUUUAAAUACCCCAAAACGUAACGGUUAAAUGGAGGCAUCUGAUGGAAACACCCUCUAAGGGAAGUUACUUUUAAUUA